AUGAAGGCUCCUCCCACACAGUCGGUUGCUCAAAGCUGGUGGAGGCCAUAUUGGGAACUUGCCCGAGUGCACAAGUUUCCUACGGGUUCUAUGCUCGUGUUCUGGCCCUGCGUGUGGGGUUAUCUCAUGAGUGCAGGGAGUAACAUUCCUCCUUGGCACAGGCUCCCAGCGCUGUUCGCCAUGUUUCUUGUAGGAAGCACGAUCCUGCACAGUGCAGCAUGUACCAUUAACGACAUUUGUGAUCGUGACUUUGACCGCCAAGUCGAGCGCACGAAGAACCGCCCGCUUGCUGCUGGCACCAUCUCCGUGCUUGGAGCUACUAUAUUCCUCAUUCUUCAAGUCGCUGUGUUCUUCUAUAUUCUGUCACGGGUGAACAGUACCGCUUUUCUCUGUGGCACAUUUGGUGUAUUCCCACUGCACGCAUUCUAUCCGCUCAUGAAGCGCAUCACAUAUUGGCCGCAGGCCUGGCUUGGGCUUGCAAUGAAUUGGGGGCUUCCCACGGCAUGGCUCAUCGUUGCUCCUGGCGACAUCAAAUCUGUGCCAAUGUACAUUUUGACUUUCGGCACCAUCUGUUGGACAAUCGUUUAUGAUACAAUUUAUGCAUGCCAGGAUCGUAGAGACGACGUCAAGGCCGGAGUGAAAUCAACGGCGCUCCUCUUUGCAGAUUGGGUUAAACCUAUUCUCACGGUCUUCGCAACGGUCUUCGUCGCAACGCUCACCUACGCGGGGAUGUCCACGGGUCACGGCUGGACCUACUUCGCACUCAGCGUGGGGGGAUGCGCUGCGCAUCUUGUAUGGCAGCUUCUAACGCUUGAUGUAGACAGUCCGGAGGACUGUUGGAGCAAAUUUAACUCAAAUGGGUAUUUGGGAUAUAUUGUGACGAUUGGCUUGUUAGUGGAUUCCCUCCGAGUCUAA